GAUUAUUCAAGAUAGAAUUGCAGUCAUUUCCAACAAGGAUGGAUGAUCAAAAUUGUUCCUUUUAAAAAAAGAAUUUUCCAAGUUAAACACGAAAAGAAAAUAUUGAAAUCAUGUGAAUUCUGACAGGAUAAAGAAUACAGUAUCGCACAGUUACUUGUAAUGGAACCGUUGUAAGAGUCAUCACUUCUCAUGCACCCAACUGGGAACAUGGAUGUUGGUUUUUCUCGUUCUGCUGUUCAGACACUAUCAAGAAGCCACUGCAAAAACAUCAAACAAAAAAUUUCUCAGUGGGAAGGAAGGGCGAAUGGGGUAUCUAAUCCAGAAAAGUGGCGUCCAAAGGACUUCGGAGUGAGAUAUAAUAAUUGUCACCAAGAGAUUCUUCCUAAGAAAAAUCCUGUUGCUGAGGGAAAGACCAAAAAGUUGGAUGUAGCCUGCUCUCAAAACGUGGGCCUGGAUAUAAAUGAAAGUGCCAAAAGCUGUGAUGAAAGCGAGGAUGGAAUUGAGCAACGUGAUACACGAUUGUUUAAAAAUGAAUCAGAAUCCAGUUGGGUCUGUUCUCAAGUCAAACAAAUUGAAAGGUGUAAAGAAGUUAUUUUAGAUCCAGAAACUUCAUUACCUCCAGGAAACUUCUAUACUUCACAAAUAUUGUGGAAGAAAAUAGAAGCAGUUCCCCCAGAUAAAGUCUUCAAUUUGGCUUUAGGACGUUGUGACUCUUCAGAAAAAGAACUGAAUUUUAGAGUUCUGGACAGUUCAUAUGGAGUAACUAAGAGCUUAGAAAAUAUUUACUCUGAACCUGAGGGUCAAGAAUGUGGACUUUCUAUAAAUCCUUUGCCAAAACCUCGUAGGACAUUCAGAUAUUUAUCUGAAUCUGGUGCUUUGCCAUAUAAAGAAAAAAACUGUGACAAAAAAUACUGUGAAAAUAAUAUUUGUGCAGAAUCUUCUUUGGCUUCUUCUCAGGAACCUGAACCAAAGAAAUAUGGUGGCAAAAUUAGAGGACGAUCUAAAAGGAAAUCCUUUGAAUUUGAGGAUAUUCAGCACUUUCGAAGUCGAAAUUCACAGAGGAUUCAUGAAGAACUGGGAAGAAACUCUGGUUCGGCACUUUAUUACACACAGUCUGAGGACAACAUCUAUGAGGAUAUCAUAUAUCCAAGCAAAGAAAAUCCAUAUGAAGAUAUUCCAGUGCAGCCUCUGCCCAUGUGGAGAUCUCCUUCAGCAUGGAAGCUACCACCCCCCAAGUAUGCUUUCAAGGCACCCAAGCUUCCUCCGAAACCUCAAUUCCUUCACCGGAAGACCAUGGAACUGAAAAACUCACAGGCUUAUUUAUGGCCAAAGCGAACGAAGGAUACCACGUUGCCUGUCACAUUAACUGAAUGGAAGCUUUUCCGAGAUGGAGAAGUUGCAAAUGGGAAAAAGAAAAAUCUUCCAAGGCUUGUUUUAAAAAUAGAUGACAUAUUUGAAUCUAAGAGAGGGAAGAAGAGGGUGAAGUUACACCCCUAUCCUGGAAAGGAAGUAGUGCCUCCUGCAAAAGGUGAAACUAGUGGGAACGAAAGUGAUGCCGAGUAUCUGCCAAAGAAUCGCCACAAGCGCUUAGCACAACUGCAGCAGUCUUCCAAGAGGAAUCCUCACUACCAGACCUUGGAGCGGGAUCUCAUUGAAUUACAGGAGCAGCAGCUGUUUGAACUUUUUGUGGUGGUGUCUCUACAGAAGAAACCAUCAGGAAUAAGCUAUAUUCCCCAGAUCAUACAGCAAUUCCCAAGCAAGGGGGAUCAUGGCUAUAAGCAAUCCAAAGAUACCGAAGAGAGGCUCAAAGUUAUUCCCAAAUUUUGUUUUCCUGACUCAAAGGACUGGGUGCCAACCUCAGAACUCAAGAGUGAAACAUUCUCCUUUGUACUGACUGGUGAGGAUGGAAGCCGGUGGUUUGGUUACUGUAAGAAGCUCCUGCCAGAAGGCAAAGGAAAACGACUCCCUGAAGUAUACUGCAUGGUUAGUCGCCUAGGCUGUUUCAAUCUUUUUUCAAAGAUUCUGGAUGAAGUAGAGAAGAGAAGAGAAAUGUCUCCAGCCCUUGUUUACCCAUUCAUGCAAAGUGUCAUGGAAGCUCCCUUCCCAGCUCCUGGACGCACUAUCACCGUUAAGAGCUACCUCCCUGGGGCUGGAGAUGGGUCAAUUGAACUCUGCCGACCGCUAGACUCCCGACUGGAACAUGUCGAUUUUGAAUGUCUCUUUAAAUGCCUGAGCGUGUGUCAUCUCAUCCGAGUCUGUGCUUCUCUCCUUUUGGAGCGUAGGGUAAUCUUUGUUGCCAACAGCCUAAGUACUCUGUCCAAAUGUGGCCAUGCUGUGGUAGCCACACUGUAUCCAUUCACCUGGCAGCAUACCUACAUCCCAGUCCUGCCAGUAUCUAUGAUCGACAUUGUGUGCUCACCGACUCCAUUCCUUAUUGGAAUCCUGUCUUGCUCCUUACCACAGCUCCAGGAUCUACCCAUUGAGGAGGUGCUAAUAGUUGAUCUCUGUGCAGACAAGUUCUUACAGGAGGUAUCUGAUGAGGAAGAAAUUUUACCACCUAAACUUCAAGCUGCCCUAGUGCAGAUUUUGGAAGAACGAAAUGAAAUCUUGGUUCAGGAGCAGGAUUUUCCCAAAGAUGUGACACUCAACUCUCUGGUGUCUGAAGCAUUUGUCAGGUUUUUUGUGGAGCUGGUAGGACAUUACUCUUUGAAUAUGACUGUCACUGAGCGUGGAGAGCGUGUAUUCCAAAGGGAGCCAUUCCGUAAGUCCCACACCUCCCGAAGUGUACGCCAUUUCCUCAAUCUCUUUAUGGAGACUCAGAUGUUUGCAGGAUUCAUCCAGGACCGAGAGCUUCGGAAAAGUGCGGUUAAAGGAUUGUUUGAGGUCCGGGCCCACCAGUAUUUGGAAACAAUUUCUGAGUCUGAGCCCAGUGGGAUGAAUAGAAUUUUGCGGAGUCUUGGAAGUAAAAUGAAGUUUCUGCAGAAGAAAUGA